AUGGAUAUCGGGGGUCUAGAAACUGUGGUGGCCAAUUCUGCUUAUAUUACAGCAAGAGGUAGUUUUGAUGGGAGUUACAGCUCUCAAUCUACGAGAGACAAACGAUUUCGAAACAAACUGCAACUUCCACACAUAACUAAGUGUGAGCAUUUAAAGGAGAACAUUGACUCUAGCUUUGACAGUAUAUGUAUCAAACAACCAAUAGGGAAACGACUUUUCCAGCAAUAUCUAGAAAAUGUGGUGGAGUACAAACCUGUAGUGGAAAUCUGGAAGGACACUGAGGAUUAUAAUAUUGCUGAGGACAAAGAUCGUUUAAUGAAAGCACAGAAAAUUAUUAGCAAGUACUUAAACUCCAAUACAGAACUUUUCUGUAGUUUUUUGGAAGAGAAAACAAUUAUCAGAGUAAAAGAAGAUCACCAACAUGUCAGGGAUGAUCUCUUUGGAGAGUUGUACCAGUCAGUUCUAAAUUUUCUAAUGGACACUCCCUUUCUGAAUUAUAAGGACAGCAUGUACUUCAUGAGAUUCCUGCAGUGGAAAUGGCUGGAAGCUCAGCCUGUAGGACAGGAGUGGUUUCUUGAGUUCCGGAUCUUGGGAAAAGGGGGAUUUGGGGAAGUGUCAGCUUGCCAAAUGAGAGCCACAGGAAAGAUGUAUGCCUGUAAGAAACUUAACAAGAAGAGACUGAAGAAGAGAAAUGGAUAUGAAGGAGCAAUGGUAGAGAAAAGAAUUCUUGCCAAGGUCCACAGUCGUUUCAUUGUCUCUUUAGCGUAUGCAUUUCAAACCAAAACUGAACUUUGUCUUGUGAUGACAAUAAUGAAUGGAGGAGACUUAAGGUAUCAUAUCUAUAAUGUGGAUGAAAAUAAUACAGGUCUGGAUGAACCAAGGGCUUGUUUCUACACAGCACAGAUAAUCUGUGGAUUAGAACACCUUCAUCAAAACAAUAUAAUUUAUAGGGAUCUCAAACCUGAGAAUGUUUUGUUGGACAAUGAUGGCAAUGUGCGUAUUUCUGACCUUGGGCUUGCUACUGAAUUACAAGAAGGUCAAACAAUGACUAAGGGAUAUGCUGGAACUCCAGGUUUUAUGGCUCCAGAACUACUGAAAGGCCGUGAAUAUGAUUAUUCUGUGGAUUACUUUUCAUUGGGAGUUACUCUGUAUGAAAUGAUUGCAGCAAGAGGAGCAUUUCGAACCAGAGGAGAACAGGUCGAAAAUAAAGAACUGAAGAAGCGCAUUCUGAAUGACACCGUAACAUACUCAGAGAUGUUCAGUGAUGCAAGCAAAUCUUUCUGUGAGGCAUUAUUAGUAAAAGAUCCAACCAAGAGACUGGGAUUCAGGAAUGGGAACUGUGAUGACCUAAGGGCACAUCCUUUCUUCAAUAACAUUAACUGGAGGAAACUGGAGGCUGGUAUCCUUCCACCUCCAUUUACUCCAGAUUCAAGGACAGUCUAUGCCAAGGAUAUUCAGGACGUAGGUGCCUUCUCUACUGUAAAAGGCAUUACCAUUGAAGAUGCAGAUAGAGAAGUUUUCAAUGAGUUUGCAUCAGGCAAUAUAUCAAUCCCAUGGCAAGAAGAAAUGAUUGAGACAAGAAUAUUUGGAGAGCUGAACAGCUGGGACGCCAAUGGUGAACUACCAAAUGACUUGAGAAGGGAUUCCAUUCUUGGGCUUCCUUCAUCCAAAUCUGGAGUGUGUUGCAUAUCUUAAAGCAGACAACCUGUAAUAUGUUUCUCUCUAGAAGGCAAGACAACACACUGACGCUCUCUGUUUUGUAUUACAACUUUCAUGAAUACUGCUGCAAACUGAGAAAAGUACUGUUGCUAUUCAGAACUGAUACACCUACAGAAACAAUGUAUAGAGCAAAAACAUAAAGCUCAAGGAUGGCAUUAAUGCAAGUUAUAACAUCUAUUAUGAAGAUUUAAAAUACAUUCAGGAUUUACCAGCAAAUGCACUGCACCUUAUUUCAAGAUUACUCUGGAAAGGGAGUGUGUAAAAUCUAGUUUGCAAAUAGUAAUACAGAAUUUUGUUUGGUUAUAUGAAUGUGCUGACAGAAUAACUCUUAGUGGGCAUGGGUAAUAAUGUCUGUGUCGUGCACUAAUGAAAUUAUACAUACAAAGUAAAAAAAAAUAUUAGCAAAAAGCUUGUUAAAUACCCCUGCUAGUGAGUGCAAUAAUCCUACUGGUUGCAAACCUGACAUCUGCAUUUCUACUGUUUCCUACUUCUGUUAUACCAGCUUGCAGUUUUACUUUUGCAACAGGAUGUCUGGCCAACAAAAUCAUUUUCCUGCAUAUGCUUCUGCCAUAAAUUCUGUCAUAAGAUACUAAAUGCUCAGCCAAACAACCUUUUAGUAAUUUAUCUUUGAUUUCAUUAGGCACUGUUAGUUUUUGUUACGGUAAGUCAGCAUGUGUUAAUUAAAAAAUGUGGCAGCACUAAAUUAAAACAAUUGUUGAGUAAGAGAAACAAACAAACUGUGUUGUUGGUUUAAGAAAACAAGUGCUAUUAAUUCACUCUAUUGCUUGUUAAGGAAAGAACAAUUGUUCCCCUUCUGUGGUUGGAAGAAAUCUAAACUGUGUCAUAAGGGCUUAAAGCUAUGGU